AUGGAUCACUACGUCGUCACCGAUACGGACCUCCAAGCGCCCGCCACGGUUAAGGGGAAUGCCUACUUUCGUUUCCGGCCAACAACCAGAAUAGACGAUUUUCAGCUCGAUCUCCUCGUCAAAGUCGCAUUCGAGGUCCUCCCGCGCCUUGAAAUGCCCGCUGACGAGCCAAUAUAUCCCUCCGGCCCUAGAAAGCUUCACAAGAGGAGAGGACAGGAAAGGGAGAAUAAAAAGUGGGCAGCCCGCGGGCAAGCAAGUUACGCAAGAUCCGAUGGCGUGUAUGGCCAGAUCAACUGCUUCCUGUACAAGACCCCAGCAAACUUUAUUGGCGGUCACGAUAGCCAAGGCGGCGGCGCCGACUACUUGGAGGCCCUAACAGGUUGGAAAAAGACAACUGCGAACGGCCUCCAGACGUUUUGGCCCACGAUCGAGAAGCAACAGGUCGCGGGAACUGACUGCGAUAUUUUGAUUCUGUGUGAUAACCAGAUCAUAGGCCAGGGGCUUUGGGGCUGGCUCGUCUACAAACUGAUGUUCGGAACGGUUCUAAACUUUCGCAUCGACAGUUUCUCGUGGCGUUCCACUACCAGAUUUGUAGUCUUGGUCCUGUUUACAUUUCUCUGCGCCUUUGGCGCCGCAUCUCGCAUCUCCUCCCAGGAUGUUUUUGGGGGUACGCUUUUGGACAAAAUCUCGCAGGAGGUCAACCGGCAGUUUUCGCUGGGCAAGGAGUUCUACGCGCUGCCGCUGGAGGAGAAGCUCAAGUACCACAAUCACGACGACCUGGUCAGGGGCGAGUACAACGGCUACCGGUCUUCGGCUCCCACCCGCGCGCACAGCCCGCCCGAAGUCGUCGUCAAGCUCCUCCGGCUCUUCGCGCUCCUCCUCGAGCUGCCAGACGAAGACCAGCUGGUGCGCAACCACCUGUACGAUAAGGGCGAGGACCACCUGCGGUACAUGCACUACGCGGCGCGCAGCGCGGAAGAGAACGAGAAGCCGGUGGCGGCGCUGCAGAUCCUCAACUCGGAGGGGAACUGGAAGUGGAUCAAGCCGCAGGACGCGACCAUCACCAUCAACACGCCCAAUAACCACGUCGCGCUGGAUCCUAUCCAGAAUAGCCCGCUGCUUACUCGGCUGGGCCUGACCACUAACGCCUUCACCGAGUUGGGCCAGCACCUGAUAACCGAGGGGUGGGUCAUCGUGCGCCGGUCGUAG